GGGAUGUUGGCUUCUUUCAUCCUCCUCCUCUUCGUGGCGGAGUCCUGGCAGAGGAGGCCUCCGUCCUUCAAGGGGCUUCCCACUGUUAAAGAUUUAGCGACCGCAGCAGGUUAUGCAUCAACAGAUAUAGAAGUGAUAACAGAAGACGGCUACAGCCUCUGGAUGCACAGAUUGGGCAACAACACCGGACCUCCGGUCAUGAUGCACCAUGGUGUCUUUGUUGCAUCUGAAUGUUGGAUCACAAGGGGUCCGAAAAAGGAUCUGGCAUUCUUUCUUUUAAAAGAAGGUUACGAUGUAUGGCUUACUAACCAGCGCGGGACAGUUUACAAUGAAUAUAGCUUAAAAUAUAAGAGAUCAAACCCAAACUUUUGGGAUUUCAGUUUUCAUGAAGCUGGCCUGUACGACUUACCAGCGUUUAUGGACAAAAUUCUACAAAUUCGUGGGGCUGAACAAUUAUUUUACAUUGGACAUUCUCUAGGUACCACUACAUUUUUGGUGACAAUGUCAAUGCGCCCUGAGUAUAAUUCGAAGAUAGCUGCAGCAAUUCUACUAUCUCCAGUGGCUUUUGCGCCUUCCGCCAGAGAUAUAAAACCUUUAAUGAGACUAAUCCUGUCUAGUGCUGAUGAAUUAUAUUCUUGGGGACAGAAGUUAGGAACGUAUGAAAUACUACCCAGAACACCACCAUUUAUCAGAUUUCUCAAAACCUUUUGUGGAUACAAAUCUAUGACUCAACCCUUAUGCUUAUAUUUGAUUGGAUUGUAUCUUGGUGAAAACAGAUCAAACAUUGACGAAAAAGACUUUGGAUUCCAUAUGCCUUAUUUCUCUGGCGGGACUUCGGCUAAAACAGUAUAUCACAUAACACAACUAUUUCGAAAAGGAGAUUUCAAGCUCUUUGACUAUGGAAGAAAAGUUAAUCAAGGUGUCUAUGGAACAGAGGAACCUCCAUUUUAUAAUCUUGAUUUAGUUUCUGCACCUGUAGCUCUUUUUUGGAGUUACAAUGAUCCUUUGCUUUCAGAAGAGUCAGUAAGCCGAUUGGCAUCACGCUUACCUCAACUGCUGUUUUCAAAACCAGUUCCUGAUCGACAAUUCACACAUUCAGACAUGUACUUGGGUAAAAAUGCUGAUAAAGUACUUUACCCAGAUAUUAUAAACCUUCUGAAGUCAUUAACAAACUAAAUGGUAUCAAUGACAAAUGGGAAAUGAUAAGCUGAAUAGAAUGGAAUACAAAAGUUUUAAGACUUAGAUGGACUAUCAACUAUAAAGAAAAUAUCUCAAAUAAUGUAUAGCUGUUUCUAAAACAUCUGGAAGCCAUCAUCUCUCCUACUCAACUUUCCAUUAUAUGCUCACAGAUCAAGAUGUAUCUGCUUAUGAUAAGAGAGCAGUACCAGAAUAGACCUGUACAUCACCAAUACUAAAAUCCUAUUUAAUAAUGAUUGUAAGCUUACCAUUCUCUUUUUCCAUGAUAUCCUGAUUUUUAAUACUUUUUUGAAAGUGUUUAGUACUUUGACUCCUUAGUCAUAUGUUUAAUCUAGUUACCUGACCAUUGUAAAUACAUUUCUUCCAUCCUUAUAACUAAAAGUGUAUAUAUGUAUAUAUUUUAGUAAUAUUUAUUUUUUUAAUCUGCCAAAGUAUAUUUAAUUUAUUAAUUUCCACUUAAAUCCUACUUUUUAUUGAUUAUAUUACUAUUAAUUAGCG